AUGGAUAAUUUUCUUAUUGAAGGAAAAAGUGAUGAUACUUACUCCUUGAGAAAGCUACUAAAAUAUUAUGCUUAUUUGUUUGUCACAUCAAUGUUUGUUAGCUUCUUGGGAUCUAUCAUAUACAUUACACUAUUAAUUCAAUUAUACACAACAUGCAAUGCAUAGACAGGAUAAUAAGUGGCUAUAAGUUAAUUAAUUUCUUAUAUUUUGAAUGGAGUAUUUUCAUAUGCUUGUUUACAUUUAGUCUCUUAAUCCAAGACUAUAUUUUUUGUGAAUUUUACAGUGAUUCUAACUUUAAUAUCAAAAAUAAUAGCUUUGGUAUUUGCUGCAAUUCUAAAGAAUCGAAAUUGGGGUGAAUGUUACAUAACUUAAGCAUAAGGUGUGAUGCUGAUUACUAAUAUCAGUAUUGAAUUUUGCAUAUUGCUUGUCUUAUAUUAUUUCACUCGCAAUUUGUAUUAUAGAUUAGAAGAAAAGUAAUUGAGAGUUUCUUUAAAGUUAUUGUUUGAAUAAUGAC